ACGGAUUUCCCACUUUCGUUCGUCACUUGAGCGUCCGAGUCUACGACGUGCGAGACAAGGCAACAGGUGACGAAUAUUCGCGCCGAAAAGAGAAUUUAUUAUCAAAAGAAAAAUAAAGAACGAGAGAAAGAGAGAGAGAGAGAGAGAGAGAGAGAGAGAGAGAGAGAAAGGAAAAAAGAGAGAACGUAUUACUCGUCUCGAUAAUCGAUUUUUCGUAUUGAGAAGAAUUUUCAAGGAUAGUUGUUUCAUUUCCCACCCGUCGGGAUUUGACACAUACGUUCUUUUCGUUUUCACUUUUUUCCCGAUAUUAUUCUCUUUUGAUUUCUUUUAUCCUCCUAAGGUACCUGAGAAAAAAUAACGAAAUAUAAUAGGAAAGAGUUUUGUUUCGUUUUAAUCAUCAAAUCUAUCGAUCUAUUGCGAAAUGAGUGUCGACGACGUGAUCAACUACAAACCCGACGCGGACGAGGAUCUUUACGCACUUUUAUCCUGCGACGAAUUUUCUACGGUUGAGCAAAUUAUAGCAGAAUACAAGGUACUGGCCUUGCAAUAUCAUCCCGACAAAAAUGCUGGUGACAAAGAAGCCGAGGCAAAGUUUCAAAAGCUUAAGAAUGCCAAAGAGAUUCUCUGCGAUCCGGAAAAGAGGAGCAACUAUGACAAGUGGCGGCACAGUAAUAUUUCUAUUAGCUACAAGCAAUGGCUCGGAAUGAAGGAACACGUUCAUCAAUCGAUGCACUGGAGUACGCUAAAAACGAAGGACCGGAUGUUACCGGACGGAAGUGGUAGUGGUGGAGGAGAUGCAGAGGGUUCACCAGGUAAUAUGAAAGUGCAAGCUCCGAAUACUCACAGAAGGGCCAGCGAAGGUGGGGCCAACAUUUACUAUGGUGCACAACGUGAUGUCGAUUGGGACUCACAGGCCUCGAGCGAGGUCGUCAAUAAAUUUCGUAACUACGAAAUAUAAAAUUUUGAGAUUAAUAGGAGAACGACGAUCGUUGAGGGAGGAUAUUUCCUUUUUCGUAUCGUGCAGGACCAAGCUCGAUCGUUACUAAUUAUGUCUCUAAUUAUCUCUCUUGCUAUCUGUUUGACGAUGAAGUUUAUCCCUUACAACAACAACAGCAACAACAACAACAACAAAAACACAUGUAUACGCAUAUAGGGUGUCCUAUUUGAAUCGAUUCGCGUUACAAUCAUUGUAUGUAAUAAUCUUUAAUGGUGUUGUUAACAUGAUGUCGGGUUAUUUGUGAUUAAUAUUUUCUCUCUAAUAAUAAUUCAUUGAUUUUACUAAAAUCGAAUUGACUUCGAUCCUAGUGUUAUUUCGUUGGACAGAAUCGAUUGAAAUGGGACACCCGUGAUAUACGUGAAGGAGUGCGUCAAUACAUAUACACGAUAUACACGUAAACGUAUACAUACCUUUUUGUGCAUUUAUCGUUCGUCACUGUCCAACCAACAGCAGAACAGGAAAAUGAUACAGAAAAUGAUCCUAAAGGGAAGUUUUAUUUUUUCUUUUUUCUUCUUUCUUUUUUCAUUCGAUAUCGUAAAGUCUUAUGAUUUUUAUUUAUUUAAUUUUGAAAAUUAACGAGGAUAUAUAUAGAUGUAUAAUUUAGCCUAGGAAUUUGAAUAGAACAUUUUCUUGUUUGCUUUAACAAUAAUUAUUCCUUUGGAAAAGAAAAAUGUACUCUUUGAGAUAAAAAGGAUAUUAAUAUUUGAAGGAGAUAUAUAUUUCGUUCUCUUUCCGUGGUUCAUGUUACGAGUUUUAGAAGAAAGUUAAGCAUAUAACAAAAUUCUAAGUGUUUUAUUAUUAAUUUUCUUUGCCUGGGCUAUUUGACGUAGGACGAGCGAAAAAAUAAGUAUUCUCGAAACGAUAAAUUGAGGAAAACUAGAGAAAACGAAAUAUAAAAGAUCAAAAAUCUAGAAUCUUAUCUAACAUUUAAUCUCGCGACUAAAUAAAUGAAUUUCAUUCGAGAGAGAGAGAGAGAGAGAGAGAGAGAGAGUGAGAGAGAGAGAGAAAUGAAAAGAAGAAAAAACAUAACUCGUAAAAUGAUUGGUAGAAGAAAUAAAAUUGAGUUUCAGAGAUGAAAGUAACGCGAAUGAUAGGAGUCGACCGGUUGGACAGUGCUUUUGAUGUUCGUGUCGAGAAGAUAUAAAAGAAAUAAUAAUAAUAAUAAUAAUAAUAAUAAUAAUAAUAAUAAUAAUAAUAA